UUGGGCUCACGGCAUUGUCACAAAAGAAAUGGCGAGCGGUAUCGGCAAACACAAGAUACUGAAUGUGGGGCCAACGGAGCCCUGGUCAGUCAGGGAGAAACUGUGCCUGGCCUCCUCAGUCAUGAGGAGUGGUGACCAAAACUGGGUGUCUGUAAGCAGAGCCAUCAAGCCUUUCUCAGAGCCUGGUCGUCCGCCUGACUGGUUCUCACAGAAGCACUGUGCCUCACAAUACUCUGAAUUGCUGGAAGCUACAGAAGCACCAAAGCGUAAGCGUGGUGAGAAGGGUGAGGUUGUCGAGACCAUUGAAGAUGUCAUCGUUCGAAGGCUGACCACUGAGAGGAUAGAGGAGCUGAAAAAACUACUACGAGACACACAAGAGCAGUACAGGAAGUUGAAGAAGGAGGUGGAUCUGAUCCAGACAGGUCAUAUGGACUCCCAGCUGAAGGAGCUUUGGGCAGAGAUCACACUAAAGAAGAAGCAGGAUGAGGAGGAAGCAGAGCAGAAGAGGAAAGCAACAGAAACGGCGUACCAAGCUCGUCAGGCGGCGAAAAACACACCUAAGCGUCUGCCCAGUGUAACUGUGCGUUCUCCUCUGGGUGCCAGCCCGCCGACGCUGGAUUCUCAGGCCGACUCUUCAGUCCCCACACCGCCCAUGGACACAGGAGGUGUUGCCCCCGACGACACCACCACCCACUCAGUUGCCCAGGGGGUCGCAGUGUUUCUACCUGCAACGGACGCUCCAGGUCCCGGGCCCAAAGAUGGAGGCCUGGCUGCUCUAGUAGAUGACUCACCACAGAAGAGGCUCCUGGCCCAGAAAGCCACACCACCGCCCUCACCUCUUCUGUCAGAACUGCUGAAAAAAAGCAACCUCAUGUCAGCUAGCUCCCGCCUGGUGGCGGAGGGAGAUUCGACUGGAAACCUCACCAAUGGACUACAGACAGCCACUGCAGCCACUGCCUUACCACCUGGUCAUGAGGUCAUCACAGAGGGUGAAGCAGAAGCAGAAGCUGCAGUGAAGGCAGAGCUCGGUGAGGAGACGGGAUUAGUAGAAGAGGACCUUGUAGCAGUGUCUUAUAUGGGAGACGAACUGGACCUGGAGACAGUAGGAGACAUCAUCGCCAUCAUAGAGGAGAAGGUCGAUGACUCUGUGGAGGCUUUGGAUGCAGCAGCGGUAGAAGCAGCACUCUCUCUGUGUGAAGAGGCUGUUUCAGAGGGACACACUCUCCCUGGCCCCUGGGAGACCCAGGAGCUGAAGGCUUCAGAUCCUACACCCACGGUCCAAGACUCCAACCCCACACAGGAGUCUCAGGAUGUCACCGCGAUGUCAGCCCCGACUCCUGCGAGCACAGAGACCCAGAACCAACCAGAGAUUAAAAGAGAAGAGCAGAUUAAGGGAAACUGUGAGGGGCCUGAGGUGACCGGAAGUGAUGUCACUUCUUCUGUCGCCUCUGAUGACGGCGCUACAGGAAUUGAGGUUACUGAGGAGGGGGCGACAGGGAAGGAGGCCACUGAAGCAACAGUGAAAAGUGAAGGAGAGGAGUGGAGCCAGCCUGAGCCCAACCCGCCAUGUCUAGACUCUGAGGACAGCUCUGUGUCUGGAAAAGAGUCCAAGGAGGUAAAGGAGGAGGAGGCGGGCAGUGAGGGUGACCCUGAAGAAGGGAUGGAGCUGAAGGAGGAAUCUGGGGAGGGGCCCUAUCUGUCUGAGGUGGAGCGGGCUGCCAGCGAGAGUGAAGAUGGCUACGGCCCACCCUCACAACGCUACACGGCCGAUUCACUGGCCAGCAGCCCGGCUUCUUCGUCCCAGCUAUCUACAUGUGGUGAGGACCAGGAGGCAGUGCAGGCGCAGAAGAUCUGGAAGAAAGCCAUUAUGCUGGUGUGGAGAGCUGCAGCCAACCACAGGUAUGCCAGUGUCUUCCUGCAGCCUGUGUCAGAUGACAUUGCCCCGGGUUACCACAGCAUCGUACACAGACCCAUGGACCUGUCGGCCAUAAAAAAGAACAUUGAGUCCGGCGUGAUCCGUACGACAGCGGAGUUCCAGCGAGAUAUCAUGCUGAUGUUUCAGAACGCCGUCAUGUACAACUCGUCGGACCACGACGUGUACCACAUGGCGCUGGAGAUGCAGCGUGACGUCCUGGAGCACGUGCAGCAGUUCCUGGCCACGCAGCUCAUCAUGCAGACGUCAGAGAGUGCCAUCUCCGCCAAGAGCCUCCGCGGGAGGGAGGGAAACCGUAAGCCAGGAGAGCCAGCUGAGAAGGACGGAGGCACCAGAGGUCGCCGUAGUGCCAUGGAGGCCGACCUCAAGAUGAAGAAAUAGACUGUCAUCUCAGAGAACGAGACACUUAAAGAGACAAACAGCCACUUUUGGUACCGGAGAAGGUGGAGCUGAAUACUUACCAGUCACUUUGGUUGUUUUCUGAAGGGGACUGCAGUGUGUGUGUGUGUGUGUGUGUGUGUGUGUGUGUGUGUGUGUGUGUGUGUGCUCAGUCAUCCGUGCUUUGGCGUAGAUGAGGGUGUGUGUCUGAGAGAGCUGCAUAGAGCUUCCUCUUCCCCAGUUCUUAUGAUUGGUUAAUGUUCAGCACUAUGGGAUCUCACUCCAGGACAAACAAGCCAGUGCACCACUUUCCCUAAGUAUCAUUUCAGGAGAAGGGCUAAGGUGGCUGCUCAUCAUUUCCUCCAGCUGAGAUGGAAAAGCAAAGGACGUUGUGGAAAAAGAACAUUAUCACCAGCAAAAAGUUUGUUUGGGAUCAGAUGAUAAAGGGCGGAUGAGUUCUACUCGCCAGAUUUUUUAUCAUGUUGAAUCAUGGAUGCAUUAAUACUAGUUGGGUGAUUGAUCAGUUUCUUUGAGUGUAUUGCACCAAACUGUGCUCAACACUUAUAGCCGAAAAGACACGAGACAGCAACAACAACCAGAAUUUCCAUACGAUAAAUCAUAAUGUACAGUUUCCACAAAUUCAAAAUGAAUACUACUUGUUCUAGUGGCACCAGAUGGAGCCAGGAUCAUCAGUCAGUCUGAUCACUACUGAAAUGUUGCAGAGAGAUCCACUAAUCACGUCUUUACAACUGGAAUUUCUUACUUUUUCACCAGUGGAACAAGGAUGUCUUUCUAAACGAAGGACAUCAGGUGAUGUCACUGAACUGGUUGCUUAUGUCUGCUUCAUUUAGUAACAGAUUAUAAUGCUGCAAUCUGUUGGAUUUAAAUGAACAUACCAGUGUUUCGCAUGUUUCAGCGCAUUAACUGCAAAUUGCAUGUACUUUACAUUUCUGCCCACGUUUUUCCAAAGCACAAGUUUAAAGUUUGACUACCUGCCUUCAAGCAGCCCUCAGCUUCCAUAACAUCCAGGUUACAAAUAAAUUUACAAUUUUACAACUUGCUGUCUUUUAUUACAGCGACAGUGUCGAUUUGAACACUUUGGCGGUGCAUUCAGGUACACUCAGCCAUCUGAGUUUUCAAAGCAGUUCCUGAAAAUGUAUAGAAACCAAAAGCUGCCAGUGAAGGCAGGAAAUCGAUCUAAAAAGUAAAGACAUGCUUUGUGAAAUGUUUGGUAGUCGUGUAAAAUACAGCUGUCGAGUUAGUUGAAAGGUUAAAACAGCAUGGAGAUUGUUGUUGCUGAAAUAGUAUUGAUGCAUCCCUAGUUGUCACUUAGGAAGUAGCCAGUGUGUGCUAUGUAAAUAGCAUAAGAAACAUGUUUGUGUAAUGUGUGUUAGAUGGGAGUACAAAUGUAAGUUUUGUACCCGCGUGAUGGAUCAUGUAGAGUUCUGUGUUUGGGUAGCCGAUACAUGUAUCAUGUGUUCUGUUGUACAUUUGUUAAA